AUGAACCAAGAAUCAGAAAUCCCUGUCUGCAAAUUAAGCUGCCACUUCUUACGAUACUCUCUGAUUUGGCCUAAUAAAAACGAAGAACUUGAUCCAUCGAAAUGGUUUUACAUCAACCAGUUAUUAUUCAUAAUAUUUGUGUUAACACCAAAUACAGUGCUACUCUUCAUCCAUCUAGUCCUCUCACAAGAAGAGGGCCUCGAUCUCUCUGAAGACUUAGCCAUGGUUUCGUCCCUUUUAGGCUUAGUCGGUAUGAUGGCCAUUUACGUAAUUAAACAGAAAGAAGUAGCGUCGCUUUUACUAGACCUCAGAGACGCGCAAACCUACGGCAAACCUCCCCUUUUUGACAUAGUAAACAAGAAACUGGAAUAUUUCACCAAAUUUGUGUUUUUCUACGGCAUGUUCGGAACCUCGGUUUACAAUUCCAUCAAAAUCAUCGAUAUAUCUGAGUGCCGGAAAACGCGAAAAAUUCGAGAAACUUGUGGGGUUUUAAUACCCUAUUGGACGCCCUUCGAUGCCGACGACUGGUACAUUCUUACCUUGCUCAUAAUUUACGUAUUCUUUUUCGUCGCAACUAUAGACAGAGGAGUUUUAUGCAUCACCCUGCAAGUUUUCGAAAUCGCAUGCAACAUAAAGCUGAGAAUCGACCAACUCAAUUUGAUGCUGUUGUGUUGUUUUAACGAUCGAAAUCUAGCCAGGAGAAGACUUAACGCAUGUAUCUACUACCACAGCGCUCUUAUUAAAUAUUGUGAAAGAUUUAACGACUGUUACAUGAACCAAAUGUUUACUUUUCUUGUCUUAACUGGAACGAUUUGUGCUUGCUUAGAAAAUCAAAUUAUUCAGCAACACAACGUUGGUGCCAUUCUUCACAUUUGUGGUUGGGCUGGAUCGCUUUUUCUUGCAUGCGUUUCUGGGCAGAUUUUAAUAGAUUCGUCGACUUCCGUAGGAGAGGCUGCGUAUAAUUCCAAGUGGUAUGAUGCAGACGCCUGUUUGAGAAAAGACUUAGCUCUUGUCAUCAUGAGAAGUCAGAAAGCGCUAUUUAUAAAUACUGGCGCGUUCAAUGUCUUGAGUUUUGCUUUGUUUGUCUCUGUUAUGAAAAUGUCUUAUUCGAUUCUCGCUUUGCUUAGAUGA